AUGAAAGUACUGAAACGUCUCCCUCUUUUAUUGGGGUGUUGGACUCUCUUAUACCUGGAAUGUAUCCCAGUGUCACUGAGCCAUACCGGGACGGCACAGCGCGCAGCCGAGAGCCGAGGCAAGGAGCACACAGGCGGAGCAGGUAAAGGAGCCAACCCGGGAAUCGCCUCAACUGCCAGGUCUACGGUAGGAAACUACGGCGCAGCGGGUUGGAAGUCUCCAAGUGCUGCGAGGAUCACGCGCAUUAGGACAGGACCCCCGCUGAUAAAGGGCGAGGCAGUCAAAGCAAAAGCUGUGACAUCAGUGUCAUCACCGCACGGCGUAACGGCGAGUAGUCUUAGUGGAGCUAUCAAUUUGGGGCGCAAGGAGUCUGCGCGCUCUUGGGUACCCGGUGGAGAUGCUACCAACGCAGCUGCUACGCCUGCUCUCACGGCGUUGAGCGUGCAAACAAGCAAAGGCGCAGGCACGCCCGGACAGAGCAAAGUAAAGACUUUCCCCAGAGCUGCAACAUCAGCACGAACUGGACAGCAUAGAGUCAUUGCUGUGCAAAAAUACACCGCUCCGUUGGCCCAAAGGAGUGUCAAAGCAACGAGCAAACUGAGCGACCGAGACUCUCCGAAGCACCCAUUGGUGACUCCGCACGACUACAUGUUGUCACUGUAUUGGUCACUAUCCACAGGAGAGGUGAACACUAGCGUGUUGCAUGAAGCUGGCAUGGCCAACACCAUCACCAGCUUUGUGGAUAAAGGACAAGGUAAACUUUUGAUGCCAUAUAAACAAUGAGUGCCAUAUAAACAAUUGUCUCAUAAUAAACUUGCUCAUUAUUUCUGCCAAAGAAAGUAGAAUAAUUAUGAAGGUUGAGCCCAAAUUCUGAAUUUGCUUACUUAUCUUUAAAUGUAGCAUUUUGUUAACUUUAUAAAUAAAACACAACCAAGAGACCAGGUCUCAGAAUCAAUUGGAGCUGUAGGCCUAUGCUCAUCAAACAAACCUCUCUAUUAGAGAGGUAAAGUAAAGCUAAAGUCAAAGUAAACUUGAAGGUUAAGUCAAAAGGUUCCAUGGCUUGUGUAAUGUGGCCGGACAUAGGUUUCUGGCGGUUUGACAUAAUCGUUUUUUACCUUGGUCAUGGGUCUGUCACACUGUCAGUAUCCAUCUGCAUAGCCAUCCCAUUAGUGAUUUGCAGCCUCUAAAGUGUAAAUAAAUAGACCAUCGGGCUUCAUGUAGGAAGCCUCUAUGUAAUGUUUUCUUUACUGAGUAAAACUGUUUAAAAUGAUGUUUAAACGACAUUGGUUGAAUAUUUCUAGCUGCUAAAGGUUUACAUUUAAAGCACUUAAUGUACUUUUAAUAUGCACUUUAUUUGUAUAAUGUGUCUUCAGCAAAUUGUUGGUGACCUUCCCCCCCAAAAGAGUUCUAACCAGACAUUACGUUUUUUUCAUAUGUAAAACAGAACACAAAGUGCAGACUGUCAGCUUUAAUUUGAGAGUAUUUCAUCCAUAUCGGGUGAACCGUUUAGAACUUACAGCACUUUUUGUACACAGUUCCCACAUUUUAGGGGACCAAAAGUAUUGGGACAAAUUCACUCGUGUAUUAAAGUAGUCAACAUUUUUAUAGUUGGUCCCAUAUUCCUAGCAUGCAAUGAUUCCAUCAAGCUUGUGACUCUACAAAUGUGAUGGAUGCAUUUUCUGUUUGUUUUGAUUGUGUUUCAGAUUAUUUUGUGCCCAAUAGAAAUUAAUGGUAAAUAAUGUAUUGUGUCAUUUUGGUGUCACUUUUAUUGUCAAUAAGAAUAGAAUAUGUUUCUAAACACAUUACUGUGGAUGCUACCAUGAUUAUGGAUAGUCCUGAAUGAAUAAUGAUUAACAUUUUUUUCAGGCUUCAAGUAGGAAGCUUCUAUGAUGAGUGAGAAUGUUAUCAUACCCUCCAAAAAUGCUAACCUCCCCUGUUAUUGUAAAGGUGAGAGGUUAGCAUGUCUUCGGGGUAUGAUAUUUGUGCGUCUAACUUUCUCAGUCAUCAUUAUUCACGAUUCUAUCAGGACUAUCCGUAAUCAUGGUAGCAUCUAUAGCAUCCACACAAUACAUUAUUUACCAUUAAUUUCUAUUGGGCACAAAAUAAUCUGAAACACAACCAAAUCAAACAGCAAAUGAAUCCAACAAGUUUGUAGAGUCUCAAGCUUGAUGUAAUCAUUUCGUGCUAGGAAUAUGGGACCAAAUACUAAACUUUUGACUACUUUAACAGACAUAUAAGUUAAUUUGUCCCAAGACUUUUGGUCCCCUAAAAUGGGGGAACAAUGUACAAAAAGUGCUAUCAUUUCUAAACUGUUCAUCCGAUAUGGAUGAAAACACCCUCAACUAAAAGCUGACAGUCUGCACUUUAAGCUUAUAGUCAUUGUCUCAUUUCAAACCCAAAGUGCUGGACCACAGAGUCAAAACAACAAAGAAUGUGUCACUGUCGCAAUAUUUUUGGAGCUCAGCGUAAGUUUUUAUCUCUGGUUGUGCUUCUAAACCCACAAGUCACUCCACAUUGACAUGGACAAUUAUCCACCCUUUCUCUAUCUUUUGUAUUGUUCCAGUGGUUUUUGGUCCACUCUUAGCAAAUGCCAUAUUACGUAGUGGUAGGUCCACUGGUAAACAGCUGCAGGUCUACAUUAAUUGUCUGUUUAUACUUCAAUGUGGUCUGUAGUCUGCAAAUGUCUGGUUUUAAUGUACUUUCGAACUCAUACUGUUCCUGGAUGAAAAUCCUGGCUUUCAUUUGUAUAUGGCCAUGCUUUCCCUCACCAAAAACAAAGAAAAACAUUAUACAUAACUCUUACCUCCUGGGUGUUACCUGAGAAGCCACAUUAGCACGUAAGGGAACAUGUCAAUAUUAUUUUUAUUCUUGCCCUUGACUCUGUCACCUUCUUUUACAGAUGACCGUCUUCCCCAGCUGAGAAGACAGAAGUAUAACUUUAACAUCAGUUCCCUGGAGAAGGAGGGGUUACUGGGUGCUGAGCUGCGCAUUCUCAGGAAAAGACUGGCCGACCCACGCAAAGCACUUUCCACUGGCAGAGUUUUCUGCCUGAAGCUUUUCACCUGUGCAGCAGGUAAGCAGAAAGCUACACUGCUCCAAACUCGAACCAUUGUGGACCACAAUACACCCAAAUGGGAAGUGUUUGACGUUUGGAAACUAUUCAAGAAUUUCCAGAACACCGUCCAGCUUUGUUUCGAGCUGGAGGCCUUAGAACAGGGCCGCCCCAUGGACCUCAGGGCAAUGGGCUUCAGUCGUCUGGGCAGGCAGACCAAAGAGAAGGCCUUUUUCCUCGUGUUCGGGCGCACCAAGAAACGCGACUUGUUCUACAAUGAGAUCAAAGCACGGUCGGGCCAUGACAACAAGACUGUGUACGAGUACCUGUUCACCCAGCGGCGUAUGCGCAGAGCCCCCACCACCCGCGGCAAGAAGCUGGCCAAGAACCCCAAGCCUCGUUGCCACAGGAAGCAGCUGCAUGUCAACUUCAAGGAGAUGGGUUGGGACGAUUGGAUCAUUGCCCCACUGGAGUAUGAGGCCUACCACUGCGACGGGGUGUGCGACUUCCCCAUCCGCUCGCACCUCGAGCCCACCAACCACGCCAUCAUCCAGACGCUCAUGAACUCCAUGGACCCUGACUCAACUCCGCCCACCUGCUGCGUGCCCACUCGCCUCAGCCCAAUCAGCAUCCUCUACAUUGACUCAGCCAAUAACGUGGUCUACAAACAGUACGAGGACAUGGUGGUGGAGUCCUGUGGCUGCAGGUAG